AUGUGAACGUGAUGCCAAUGUGACAGCUGUGCGUGUACGGUCCGUGGUGUGACUGCGGUCUGUAUUUAAUGGACAUUUAUUUGCAGAUUAGCAGAAUGCGUAGAGGCUUUAUACGGUCUUAACCAGUGCUGAAAGAUCUUAUACUUUGUAAAAAAUAACACUUAAUUAAUUCAUAUUUUUGAACUCGCUGGAUAGCAAUUGAUAUUGAAUAUGGAGCUGUUUGCAACAGUUGAUCAGGGGGGUUGCAUUUUGGACAUGUCCCAUCUGAAUCUGGAGAGCUUAAAUUUGGACACUGUCGGUGACGAACGGAGGAGAGUGACCCGACAACUCUACCUGUAUAACAACCGACUGAUUGUGUUUCCCGCUUCGGUAUGUCUAUUCUCCAAUUUGGAAGUUCUGGAUAUAAGCAACAAUGGAUUAACGGUUCUCUGUGAGGACAUUCAACGUUUGUCAAACCUCAAAACACUCAUAGCCAAGAACAACCGUUUGAACGAAUUCUCGUUCCCAAAGGAAUUUGGGUCCAUGCAGAUAGACACAUUGAACUUCAGUGGGAAUAUAUUUGAAGAGGUGCCCAUUCAGUUUCUAAAACUCCAGCGAUUAAAAUAUCUGUCUCUUGGGGGUAAUAGACUCAAAGCUAUCCCCUCAGAGAUAGAAAAUGUUACCAGUCUGGAGAUGCUUUAUUUGGGUGGGAACCUCAUCACCUCCAUCCCCCCAGAGCUGGCCAGCCUUCACGGUCUCAGAUACUUGGUCCUUUGUGACAACCGGAUACAAAGUGUACCCCCCCAACUCACCAGACUCUACUCCCUGCGCUGCCUCAGUCUCCAUAACAACCUACUCACCUACCUACCGCGGGAGAUCCUCAGCCUGGUGCACCUGCAGGAGCUCAGUCUCCGCGGCAACCCCCUGGUGGUCCGCUUCAUCAAGGACAUGACUUACGACCCUCCCUCCCUGUUGGAGCUGGCCGGACGGACCAUCAAGUCCUGCAACCUGCCCUACCACACCAAUUACCUGCCUGGAAACCUGGUGCAUUACCUGGACCUGGCCAGCAAGUGUCCCAACCCUAAAUGUACCGGUGUGUACUUUGACUCAUGUGUGAGGCACAUCAAGUUUGUGGACUUCUGUGGGAAGUAUCGGCUACCCUUCAUGCACUACCUGUGCUCCCCAGAAUGCACCUCUCCCUGCAGCUCCAACCCGCAGAGCGACGCUGAGUCGGAGGACGAGAAGUGCGUGUCGGCCAACAGGCUGCAGAGAGUGCUUCUGGGAUAGAAGAAAGUGGAACGUGAAAGGACCUCGAGUUCACUGACACACAUACUGGAUGAUGGACAGUUUUCAUGACUCCCAACUCACCUGACUAACCCAACUUCUCCUGUGCCAUACACGAUAGACACCGACACUGAGCUGUUCACUUACAAUGGAGUGCCACAUUCAACAUGAGAUGUAGGAUUCCUCAAGGAGUGAUUGUAAAGUAAAUUAACCACAGUUUAUCAUUUAUUUUUUUUCGAGCCGUAGUGUUUUAAACAUCUAACUGAAGCUUAUGGAGGACUGAUUUUGUUGUGGAGCACUCAUCAAAUGUAUUUUAAUGUAGAGCCUCAGUUUGUAGUUUCUGUGUUAACACGAAGGGCUGAAUGAAUUGUAUGUAAAAAUGGAUUUUCUUUACAAUAUAGAUUCAGAAACGCAGAAUGUGUUCCAUGCUUCUUUCUUUUUUAAAUCACCUCUCUUAACAGUUACCCUUUAAUCAUCAUACUUCUGUUGACACUUUGGCUGCACGCACAUGUAAUCCUAAUAUACAGUAGUCUCUGUCCCCUGUAGCAUUUACACACCAGGCAUUAAUGCCUUCCCUUAUCUCACAAAACAACAAUUUGUGUUGUUACAAACCAAGGGGAAAGUUGUGUAUGUUAAUGUGUGGAUCUCUUGCUCAAAGAUACUAAUCCAGAGCUUGUACCUUGAAUGAAAUGUUUUACAUUGGUUAGAUUUUUUUUUAAAUAAUUUAUUUGAUUAAAUCGAAAUGAAUAUCUAUAUAUUAUAUCUGUUGAUUGUAUAAAUACAGUAUAUCAUUGACAUGAGUACUGUUCUGUUAACAGGAUACAUAAGAUAAUGCUGUUUCUUUUAAUUAAUUUGUUAUUGAACCUUUAUUUAACUAAGCAAGUCAUAUUCUUAUUUACAAUGAUGGCCUAUCAAAAGGCAAAAGGCCUCCUGCGGGGACAGGGGCUGGGAUUAAAAAAUAAAUAACAUUAUAGGACAAAACACACAUCACGACAAGAGAGACAAGACAACACUACAUAAAGAGAGGCCUAUGACAACAACAUAGCAUGGCAGCAACACAUGACAACACAGCAUGGUAGCAACACAACAUGGCAGCAGCACAUCAUGGUAGCAGCACAAAACAGGGUACAAACAUUAUUGGGCACCGACAACAGCACAAAGGGCAAGAAGGUAGAGACAACAAUACAUCACGCCAAGCAGCCACUACUGUCAGUAAUAGUAUCCACGAAUGAGUCUUUGAAUGAAGAGAUUGAGAUAAAACAGCUCGCUAACUGCAGCGAACUGAAAAGACUAGCGACCCAGGGAUGUGUGUGCUCUGGGACCUAUAACAGAAUGUGACUGGCAGAAUGGGUGUUGUAUGUGGAGGAUGAGGGCUGCAGUAGAUAUCUCAGAUAGGCGGGAGUGAGGCCUAAGAGGGUUUUAUAAAUAAGCAUCCACCAGUGGGUCUUGCGACGGGUUUACAGAGAUUGCCAGUGGUCUGGAAUUUUCAAAAUUUUUAGAUGAUCCGUCGGACAGUGAAAUUAUGUACUUUGAAUUGCUUGAAAAUGUAUUUGUAACCCCUCCCAGACUCAAGGACAUUAAUAAUAUUAUUCUGAUGGCCUCGGAUAGGUAUUUUGAUCUUUGCAUGAUGUGUUACCACACACGCAUAUGUUUAAUACCAAACCAGACCAAGUUUCUAAUCUUUAGGGGAGGCUGGCCCCUCCCAAGGUACUCUCUAAUGAUUUCUUAAUCAUUGUCACCGGUUUGGGUGCACCUGAUCCUAAUUUUAGCUAUUUUAGGUGAUGGUAAAGGCAGGGGGGUACAAAUUAUUUCUGCAGAAGGAAAUUGUAUUUUUGUUUAUUUUAAUUGCAUAACAAUUUCAAAGUAAAUGUUUUGUGUGUGAGUUGUUAAAUUGGGUUACCUUCAUCAAUUAAUUUGGUUGAAAUUUAGCUCAAAUAUCCAUGUGUCCAAAUACGUAAAAAAAUACAAUAAAAAAUGACCACUUUCCAAA